AUGAUCUUCAACGGCGACGGUUUCAUCUGGUCUGCCAGCGACGGAGGAUACAGCAUCUCCAAGAUCUCGUCAACACACGGUUCCAGAAGCGGCUCGAGUUUGGCGUCCAUAGCGAACGCCAGCUGGAAAAUCAGGCUCUGGAGCGUCAAAAUGAGAUCCUGCACCGUUUUCGAGCUCUUGGAGAAAAACGGACAUGCUGUAUCUCUGGAGAAAAAGUAUUGUAAAUGGUUCAAACAUGAGAUCCAGUACCCCAACAGAACUAUGUCUGUUCCGGACCCAGAAACAAGCUGGACCACUCCGCUUUUGGUGUUGGUGACGCUUCGGACCCGGGUCAGAAACAGGUCCACAAACGAUUCUGCAAGUUCCAUACUCUCGAGCUUCCCGCUGAUGUACCGCACCGACUGGAACACCACGGCUGCGGGAUAG